AUGCUUGGCAAACCUCUCUGGUUCGAUAAGUCCACUCGGCUAGGCCAAAGAUUGGGGUAUCCUCGUGUCUGUGUUGAAAUGGAGAUGGAUUCGGCGUUCCCGGACUUUCUGCGUCUUGUUCCUGAUCGAAGGCCUGCGUAUAAUGUGCAUAUCGAAUACUGCAAUAAACCGGAAAUUUGUGAUAAAUGUUGCAAGUUUGGGCAUAAUUGUGUGGAGGAGAAUAUGCAGGAGUAG